AUGCCUGUGGAACAGUUAAGAAAAAAGAAUCAAGGUGGCAGUUUUGUGUCCACAGUAAUGGACUAUAGCAACUCAAUAGGAUUUGUAGACAAGGUUGAUAUGUUGAAAGCAACAUACAAAAUAGACAGAGCCGAAAAGGUCCUGUUCUCAGGGAAGAAAAUAGCUCUGACGUGUGAAAGAGGAAGUCGGAGGACGAAAGUAGGGUACAGAAAAGAUACAAGCCAAAGGUUGCGCUGGAACAGAGAUCCCAUGCACCUUCCCGUACACAGCAUCCUUCAUAGGGUACGUUCAGAUUCCCAACCUGGGUGCACUCUGUUACUAGAAACACUAUAG